CGCGCCUAGGCUGCCGCCCUGCGCCCUCGCCGCGGCCAUGCCCGGGCCCUAGCGCGCCUGCCGCAGCCCGCGCCCCGCAGCCCGCAGCCCGCGCCGGCCACCGCCUCCUCAAUGGGCAACCUGCUCGGCGGGGUCAGCUUCCGCGAGCCCACCACCGUGGAGGACUGCGACUCCACCUGGCAGACGGACUCGGAGCCCGAGCCCGAGCCCGAGCCCGAGCCCGAGGAGCCGGGGCCGGGUGGCGGCAGUGCGGGCCCGAGGCACGAGCCCGAGCAGCCCGCGCAGUCCCCGGAGCCAGCUGAGGGGCGGCCCGGCGCCGGCUCCGCGCCGGACGAGGACGCCGAGGCGGCGGGCGCCGAGCAGAUUCAGGGGUCAGAAAGCUACAGCAGUCCCAGUUCAGUCUUCCAAUAUCCUCGGAAGGGAACAGCAGAUACAGUAGAUCCCCAUCCUACUCUGCCAAUAAACUUGUCCCAGCACAACUAUUUAAGAAUCACCCGUAUUCUUAAAAGCCUUGGUGAGCUUGGAUAUGAAAGUUUUAAAUCUCCUCUUGUAAAAUUUAUUCUUCAUGAGGCUCUUGUGGAAAAUACUAUUCCCAAUAUUAAGCAGAGUGCUCUGGAGUAUUUUGUUUAUACAAUUAGAGACAGACGAGAAAGGAGAAACCUCCUGCGGUUCGCCCAGAAACAUUACACGCCUUCAGAGAAUUUUAUCUGGGGGCCGCCUAGGAAAGAACAGUCAGAGGGAAGCAAAGCCCAGAAAAUGCCUGCCCCUCUCGCCUCCAGUCAUAGCAGUCAAACUUCUAUGCACAAAAAAUCCAAGGACUCCAAAAAUUCCUCCUCAGCUGUUCAUUUAAAUAGCAAAACAGCUGAAGAAAAAAAAGUGGCACCAAAAGAGCCUGGGGAAGAGACAGGCAGGCCCGACCAGGAGCCCAGCAAUGACGAUGCCAAGCUGAGAAACACAGAGAAGGACAGCGAUGCUGAAAAUGUGAAUUCUCAACCUGAAAAAACAGUUACUGAUCCCACAGAAAAAAAGGAGAGUGUAUCUGCUUCUGAAAAAGAUGAAGAAAGUGAAAGUCCUAAUAGAGACUGUGAAGAUCCUGGAAAUACAAGUUGCCAUGAUGUUAUACUAUUACAGUGAAUUAUCAGAAAACCUACAAGCUGGUUUAGGUAAGGGAGGAAAAAAACACUGUAUAAUGUAUCCUAAAGAACAGAGAUGAAGUCACAUUUCAAAGUUUGGCCAUCUGUUCGUGAUUUCUGUUGUAAGCAUUUUGUUGUUUGUUUUUCAUUUCGGAUGACAAUGAACUGAAUAUUUAAUAAGAAGUUUUAAGACAAGACCCAAUAAAUGAAUGUAUUCUGUAAUGCUUUUA